GUUUAGACGCAGACGCAGAAUGUGUCGAGUGGCCAGAAUGUGGACUCGGGAGGCAGCUGGACACGGGCUCCCUGCAUCACCAGUGCAGCCUGAGGCGUGUCAGGGUAAGGCCAUGCCACCUCCUGGGAAAGCGGCCCGGAAGGAGAACCUGGGCCUGCAGUGUGAGUGGGGGUCCUGCUCCUUUGUGUGCUCGGCUAUGGAGGAGUUCUGUGAGCAUGUCACGCAGCACCUGCAGCAGCACCUGCACAGCGCCGAGGAGAAGGAGGAGGAGGAAGACCCCCUUGAGGAAGAGUUCUCUUGCCUGUGGCAGGAAUGUGACUUCUGUUCCAUAGACAAUUCUGUGGACCUCAUCCGCCAUGUCUACUUCCACUGCUACCACACCAAGCUGAAACAGUGGGGGCUGCAGGCCUUGCAAACCCGGGCUGACCUCAGCCCCUGCAUCCUGGACUUGCAGAGCCGGAAUGUUGUCCCUGACAUCCCCGACCAUUUCCUGUGUCUGUGGGAGCACUGUGAGAGCUCCUUCGACAACCCCGAGUGGUUCUAUCGCCACGUGGAGGCGCACAGCCUGUGCUGUGAAUACCGCGCUGCUGGCAAGGACAACCACGUGGUGCUGUGUGGCUGGCAAGGGUGUACCUGCACCUUCAAGGACCGCUGCAAGCUUCGAGAGCACCUGCGCAGCCACACCCAGGAGAAGGUGGUGGCUUGUCCCACCUGUGGGGGCAUGUUCGCCAACAACACGAAGUUCUUGGACCACAUCCGCCGGCAGACCUCAUUGGAGCAGCAACGUUUCCAGUGCUCUCACUGUUCCAAGAGGUUCGCCACAGAGCGGCUGCUGCGGGACCACAUGCGCAACCAUGCAUCCCUGAGAACCCUAGGACUGCUUCCAUCCUUCAUCUUUGCCCCUCCCUUGCCUGUGCCCAGGCCCUGUCUCUCUGCCCCCCACCAUGUUUGCUGCCCUUUGUGCCCCUGCCUCACCAGGUACAAGGAGCAUGAAGAUGGCUACAUGCGACUGCAGCUGGUUCGCUAUGAAAGCGUAGAGCUGACCCAGCAACUGCUACGGCAGCCCCAAGAAGAGCCGGGCUUGGGAGUUUCGCUGAACGAGAGCAGCCUGCAGGGCAUCCUUCUAGAAACAGUCCCAGAGGAUCCAGGACUUGAAGAGGCUGAAGAGGGUGGGGGUGGUGAGGGGACAGCUCUUCAGGAAACCCCCAGCCCUGUCCCCCACUUGGUGAAUCAGACCAGUGCCCAAAGCCAGCAAGAAAUUGUCUACUAUGUGCUGUCUGAGGCCCCAGGACAGCCUCCCCUGCACGCUGAGCCACCCUCGGGGAGUGGCACGGAAAAGCUUCAGGGAACAGCGAAGGAGCCCCGGUACCCAUGAUGUGAAGGCUGCAGGCCUGACCACUCCUACCUCAGGGCCUAGGUUUGAGCCAGCUGGUGGCAGCCCCCCAGUGGCAGUCAGCGCGUCCCUCGAGGAGUGGUGCUGAGAACUGCGUCCAUUCUGGACCAGGCACCACCUAUUCUCCUGACGGACUUCCCUUUGCCGCCAGAUCAGUCGCCGUGUAAUGGGGAUACUGAGGAGCUGGAUUCUGUAUGGGGAGCAUCGUGGGGGGUGUUCGUGGUGAGGGGACUUAGCAGGCUUAACGAGAAAUCCUGCACACAGGCUAGAGAGAGGGUGAAAUCCGUGGUCAUGCACAUUCACUCCUAUCUUUGUGGGGGCCGUCCGUAGACUCAGGGGUCACCUGUAACUGCCCUCUCUAACAGUUCUUUCCUUGAAACCAGCCAAGGCAUUGAGAGCCAGACCUCCAUUUCUCUCCUGGGGGGUCUUCCAACAGCCCCAGGAGUCCAUUGUAUCCUCAGGGACGGGAUUGGAGGCGCGGAGUUUGUGGAUAAGGAUUGUUUUUUGGUAAUAAAAGACACUUGGGUGUUCA